UCACCGCACUUCCAAUCCGUCAUAUAUAUCUAGGGUUUCUCUUUUCUCUCUCUGUCUCUGUCUCUCUCACGCACACAUUCGGGGAUUUGCAGAGCUGAGACUUGCGCAGCAAGGCCACCGGGGCAAUGGCUGAAGAGGUUCAGUACGCGUCAAGCACAGACACCACCACCGCAACCAACAAGCGCAAGUAUGAGGACCAAGCGACGCCGCCUCCGCCGCCCUCAUCCGGUCCGCGCAGGCCCACUGGCUUCUCUGCUCCGAUCACGUCGGCGUCGCCGGAAUCCGGCCAGACUCCGCUGACCUACAACAGCGUGCCGCCGCCGAUGGACGAGAUCCAGCUCGCCAAGCAGCGGGCACAGGAAAUUGCCGCUCGCCUCUUCAACAACGCCGAUCCGAAGCGUCCUCGCGUUGAGAAUGGUGCUUCUUUUGAUUCGAACGAUCAGAAGCCUCUGUUUUCUAAUACCCAACUUGGCUCAACACCUGCAGCCAUACCAGUUUCUUAUGGUUUCCAGGGUACAAGCAAAAAAAUUGAUAUUCCAAAUGGGAGGGUUGGUGUUAUAAUUGGUAAAGGUGGAGAGACUAUCAAAUAUCUCCAGCUGCAAUCUGGAGCGAAGAUUCAGGUCACUAGGGAUAUGGAUGCGGACCCAAAUUCCCCAACCAGGUUGGUGGAGCUGAUGGGUACUCCAGAUCAAAUUUCUAAGGCAGAACAGCUAAUAAAUGAUGUUCUUGCUGAGGCUGAAGCUGGAGGUUCUGGCAUUGUGUCUAGAAGGUUGACGGGACAAGCUGGUUCUGAUCAGUUUGUGAUGAAAGUCCCUAACAACAAGGUUGGUCUGAUAAUUGGUAAAGGAGGUGAAACGAUAAAAAAUAUGCAAGCUAGGUCUGGAGCUCGAAUUCAGGUGAUACCAUUGCACUUGCCUCCUGGUGAUACGUCGGCAGAAAGAACAUUACAGAUAGAUGGCACCAGUGAUCAAAUUGAGUCUGCAAAACAGUUGGUUGAUGAAGUCAUCAGUGAGAAUCGAGUUAGGAAUCCAGCAAUGGCUGGAGGAUAUACUCCACAAGGUUACCAAGCGCGACCUCCAACAAGCUGGGGCCCACCUGCUCCUGCUCCAAUGCAGCAACCUGGUUAUGGCUAUAUGCAACCAGGAGCAUAUCCUGGUCAGGCACCUCAGUAUAACAUGUCUCAGCCACCUUAUGCUGGCUAUCCUCAACCUGCAUCUGGUGGAUACUCCUCAAGUUGGGACCAGACAACUGUCCCACCAAGUCAGCAAACUACUGCAGGAAGUGGUUAUGAUUAUUACAGCCAACAGCCUUCCUCACAGCAACAGCAAGGCCAGGGUGGCCAGGCUCCGUCAGAUAACUCCGGCUACAAUUACAGCCAGACGCCAGCUUCUGGUUACCCACAAGGGCAAGGUUAUCCACAAGAUGGCUAUGGUGGUGGGUAUCAAGCACCUGCUCAGCCUGGUUAUGGUCAGCCAAAUCCUGUUCCAGGAUAUGAUCAGCAGCAGCAAGGUUAUAAUUCUACCACUGCUUAUGGUAUGACCAACCCAAGUCAGGAGGCGCAGAACGCCGCCUAUGGAGCUCAAGGUGAGAAUGCUCAAGCACCUCCACCUACUCAGCCUCCUGCGUUGGGCCAGCAAGGAUACAAUGCCACUCAGCCUAGUCCAAAUCCUGCGACGUAUCCCUCUCAGGGAGCUACUCCUCAACAAGGAUAUGGGAUGCCUCCUACUUCUCAAGCAGGUUAUGGAAGCCAGCCUAUGGCACAGUCUGCUUAUGGACCUGGCUAUGGUCUACCCCAGGCUCAGAAGCCUCCAACAACUCAGCCAGUCUAUGGUCAAGCCCAACAGUCGCCUAGCGCGCAAGGAGGUGGAUAUGUCCAGCCGGCCCCUGCACAACCUGGGUAUCCUCAUUCACAGCCGCCACCUACCCAGCCUGGCUAUUCUCAGCCAGAUUCUUCUGCCCAGCGGGCUCCACCAUCCAACUUUGGUACUGCAGCAACUCAGCCUGGGUACGGUCCGCCACCUUAUGGGGCACCACCAGCAUCUCAGCCGCCUUAUGGUCAGCAGCUUCCAUACAACAGUUCUUAUGGUGGGGGUGGGGCUGGUUAUACACAGCCUCCUGGGUAUUCUGGUGAUGGCAAUGCAGGCCCUGCUUCUCAGGCUGCUCAACAGAGUGGAGUUGCAAAAGCCUCACCCCAGAGUUGAUCCACAUGUUGGAUUAAAACUGGUAAAUUUUAAAAUUUCUAGACAGAUAUCAGUUCCUGUAGAGAAUGAUGAAUUCGGGUAUUAUGUGUUUGGUUAGGUAUAGUAAAGUUGGUUGUCUUCAGAUUAUGACGAUGGUGAUGCCACUAGUGGAUGGCUGGAUUUUAUGUUCCAAUGUUUUUUGAGAUUUCAGGUCAAGGGAUGUAUGUUUAAAUAUUAGUUUAUGGUGGUGUGUUCAAUCUGUAUUUGCUUACCUUUUCUUC